AUGCAGCGAUUUGCAAAGCUAGCCUCUUCUGCCGGCGGUGUUGAUCGCAUUCUCAUGCUGGUCCAGUAUUCGCUAACGCUUGUGUUGCCAUCCCUCGUCAAACGCACAUUGGACCCUAAAGCACUCGUCACAGGGCAAGCGCUGACUACGGCUCAGUUACUGCUCAGUGCAAAGAGGCUGCGUGAUCUGUGCUCAGACUACCGUAUCUUUGCUCGACUGGUUGGUUACCCUGCUAUACACAGCUGGGGUAUUGGCGUCUAUAACAAGCCUGCUUCUGCUAGAACUGGACCUAUCCCAAGUUGGAUUGAGGAUAUACAGGUCCUUGUCAAUCUUGCCUACCAGCCAAUGGAGAAUGCAGCGUACCUUUCACAGCACGGUAUCCUGCCAUUGUCGAAGCAGACGGAGAAUAAGCUAUGGACUUGGUCCUGCCGAAUGUGGGCAGCCCAUGUCUUUCUGGACUUGUACAAGCUCAUGCUCGAGCGUCAAUCCACACCUUCCCUACAGUCAAGUGCAAGAAUCAAGACAAAGGAGCAGCAGCAGGCCCGAGUCCAUUGGCUGAGGGAAGUCAUCAUCAACCUGGCCUAUGCACCCUUGACGCUGCACUGGAGUGCAUAUCAGGGGAUUGGACUGAGUGAGCGGCAGGUGGGUGCACUGGGCCUUGUUGCAGCAGUGGGCCAGAUCAGUAAAGCAUGGGAGCUGACCAAGUAG